UAUCAAGUUUAUAAAAUAUUUGUACAUUACCUUUGUUAUCCAAGCAUAAUUAAACCAAAUUUCUACUCCACCCCUGGAAUUCUUAUCAGCUGUUUACCGGCUAACUGUUUGGUUUUGUUUACCAUCUGUUGAUCUUUAAAUUUAAAAAUGCAAAGAUUUCUAAGUGUAUUUAACCAGCAAAAAUGCAAAGUGAUCGGCAUGAUACACGUGGAUGCGCUUCCGGGAACACCGCAAUACAACGGCAACUGGAAACAAACGAUUGAGAAGGCCAUUUACGAGGCCAAUCUAUACAAGAAACAUCAACUGGAUGCCGUGCUCAUAGAGAACAUGCACGAUAUUCCAUAUGUCCCAGAGCGUCUUCUGGGAGCCGAAAUUGUGGCUUGCAUGACGCGACUGGGGCAGGCAGUGCGUGAAGUGAUGCCCAGGGAAACUCCGUGUGGAGUCCAAGUCCUGGCCUGCGGCAACAAACAGGCACUGGCCAUUGCAAAAGCCAGUCAACUGCAGUUUAUACGCAGCGAGGGGUUCGUUUUCGGGCACGUGGCGGAUGAGGGUUACACGGAUGCCUGCGCAGGCGACUUACUGAGGUAUCGGAAGUUCAUCGAUGCGGAGGAUGUGCUCAUCUUCACGGAUCUGAAGAAGAAACACAGCUCACAUGCCAUAACGGCGGAUGUCAGUCUCUUGGAAACCGCCCAUGCGGCGGAGUUCUUCCUCACCGAUGGCAUCAUUAUCACAGGAACUGCCACCGGUCAUGCUGCCAGUCCCGAGGAUCUACAACAGUUGGCCGGCAAGGUACAAGUUCCACUAAUAAUAGGUUCCGGGGUGACCAAGCAUAACGUUGGUAGCUACUUUAAGGAUGCACAGGCAGUCAUAAUUGGGUCGCAUUUUAAGCAAAAUGGCAACUGGCUGGAGGAGAUUAGUGAACAAGCUGUCGACGACUUCAUGAAAAAGAUAUGUCAUCUAAGAUCGUCGUGAUUAUAAUUGUAAAUGAUUUUAUUCAUGUUGUAAAUGUUGAAUGAUGAA